AUGCGGCUCCGAGCUCACCUAUUCAACACCACCGUUCUUCCUGCUUUGACCUACGCUUCGGAAACCUGGGCGCUUCGCAAGCAAGAGGAAAAUGUUGUCAGCGUCAUAAAAUGCUCAGUUGAAAGAGUGAUGUCAGGAGUUUCCUGCUUUACGCAAAUAGAAAAGGGGCUUCGAAGUUCAUCCCUACGUCAUCGAUCGAAGAUCAGAGACGCUGCCGCAUAUGCUAAAGAAAGCAAAAUUAGGUGGGCCGGACAUAUGAUGCGUUAUAAUGACAAUCGUUGGACCAGAGCUGUGAGCGACUGGAUACCACGCGAUAUUAAACGCUCCGCAGGAAGACCACUCACCUGA